AUGUCCACCACGACGAGGGAUGCGGCUGCCACAGAGAGAAGUAAGGAGAUUGUUUUGAGUGAGAUAUUUGUAAAGAUAUUUGUGAAUACACCGUUCCAUAAGUUUGCCUAUGCAGCUAAGAAAGUAGAUUGGUCGAUAGUUCGAAGGUUUAAGGGAUCUGAUUUUUCAAAAUUUCGAGUAACAUUUGCUAGUUUCCAGGACGAAGGGAAGAAGGCAUGCGUCAAUAACUUGUUGAAGAACUGUGAAAGAGGUUCAGAAAGUUCUGCUUUACCUUCUCGAAGAAGUUUAGAGCUGAUCAGAUCAGGGACACAUGCUUUAGCUGGAUCAAAUCUAUUUGGAAAGUUACUUCGUCUUCUUUCAACAUACGGCGACAAUCCUCUCAAGCUUGCUAGCCACGGCGAAUGUCCACCACCAAGAGCAGCACCUGCUUCGACAGUGCCACCUGCAACAGCGGCACCUGCCAUACAAACAGGGAUAGGUUCUAUUGGAAUGACGGCAACCGUUGGUAUGACAACUACGACGGUGAUGAUAACAUCAACUACAGCAGCAACUACAGCGGACCCAAUUCACUCCAUCGUUCAGAACGUGUUCUGCCAGAACGCUGCAAGCAUUUCUUGUGCCAAUGAUUUCCAAAUAAUCUGUGGAUCUGAGGGACAGCUGCACCCUAAUCAGAGCGAGAUGUCGAAACAGAAAUGUGUCGACCCGACACUUACCGUGGCUGACAAGUCGAUAUGUCCGAUACCAGGCCGAUAAGUCGAUGUACCUAUGUCACAAUGAUACAGUCUUAGUUUGUUCAACGUUUCUUUAUCUCUAAUAAAUUAACAGUCAUUUUG